AUGAUCGCCACGCUCGGACCUUGCCCGACCUCGUUCUCCCCCCAUCUCUGCCGUGACACCAUACGAUGGCCCCCGACAUGAAACGGACAUAUACAACACGCGCUUCUCGCCUGCCUCUCCUUCCAUCUACGCCGCCAUCGGACCUCGCCUCGAGCUCCCCACCCCCCGUGAAGCGCAAGCGCUCCUUCCUCGAGGAGACCACAGUCCAGAACUCUCCUACACCCUCAUCAAAGAGGCCACGCAAGUCCAUAUCCCUCCUUCCCAAAGGGAAAGACGCGCAGAAGGGGAAGAAGGGCGUGUCUGACGCGUCGAAGAAGCAGCAGAAGCUCACCCAACUGCACUUCGCUCUCGACGUGACCGUUCUCAAGACGUGCGAACAUUGCGACCUUUCGUAUACGAAGGGCGCCCCAGACGACGAGAGCCUCCAUCGGAAGCAUUGUGCGAGGGUGCAGCGUGGCCUCGAAUGGGGCCGCGAAGAGGAGCGGGAGGCGUUGAAGGCCAAUGUCGAAGAACUAGCCGCAGGCGUCAAGCUGAAGAACGGCACCAAAGGUCGCAUGGUCUUCUUCCGCCCAGACGUAGGUGGCAAGAUUGGUACUAAGCUCGCCACGCUCCUCGAGACAAUGAGCCUCGCGCUAUCCUCCCCGCCGCUCUCUGCGGCCGUCCUCAAGCAGUGCAAGAUCUACCUCUUCCUCCUCCCCACCUCUUCCAGCACAUCCCUUACCCCGCGCGAGAAGAUUGUCGGCUGUGUGAUCGCGCAGCGCAUCUCCACCGCCAUGGCCAUCGCGACCGACGCCGACGUCGCAGCACGUACCUCUACACCUGCACCCGGAAGCAAGGCACCUGUGCGCCGACCGCUCCAUAGCCUCAUACCCGUCGACACGUCCUCGAACCUAUAUGUUCAUCCCGCCCCGCUACCGACGCCUAUGGGCAUCCCGCGCCUCUUCGUCUCUUCAGCCCACCGUCGCCUCGGCAUCGCGACACACUUGCUCACCGCUGCGGCCAAGAAUUUCAUUUUGGGUUGUCCUCUCGACCCGACGAAGGGCGAGAUUGCAUUCACCCAGCCCACCGGGGCAGGGAAGUCUGUCCUCGAGGCGUGGGGUAAGGGCGGUAUACGCAUCUACGAAGAGGAGCAGGGGCGAUGAGUCUGAGACUCUGCACAUCUAGUAUUGUACUUGUGGUUAUUCAUAUGUAUCCCAUGCAUCUCUCUGUAUAAUAACGUUCGCCGACGUCGUUCUGUUUCAGUCUCGCUUCGUGGUAUCA